UAGAUCUAAGUGUUGGGAAACACAAAGAAAAAACAGAUUAUAAUUCGUAAAGUCGGCUCUUGGACAAAUAAGUCAUGGACGCUAAGACCGAAGCCCCAAUUUCGCCGGCUGCCCCUGUGACCCAAUCUACGGAGGCUGCCAAAGAUCAGAACAGCGCCGCCAACAACACUUCGAACGCGGCAAGCGUAGGAGCCAGCACUGCGCAGUCCACCCCAGCCGCCCAAUCGGAGCCCGCCGCCAAGAAACCGCGUCGUGAAACUAGCACCUUGACUCGCCAGUACCUGGACCAGACCGUGGCUCCUGUUCUGCUGAAUGGGUUACAAGCGCUUGCCCGCGAACGCCCUGCUGAUCCCCUUCAGUUCCUGGCCGCCUACCUUCUGAAGCACAGCAACGGAUGCGAGGAGAACAAUUCUGUGCCGGCAGAGAACAACUCCUAAUCUCGUAACUACAUAAAUGUAAAAACCCCAUAAAGUCAUCCGCCGCCCCUUUUAGAUACUUAAGUAAAAGUUUCACAAAUAAAAGUGUAAAUUAGAAUGUAAUUGCAAAAAA